UAAGUCAGAACCAAUCUCAUUGGCUGACUUAAAAUUAUAUACAUACAUAUGUAUUUAUUUUAUUCCUAACUAGUAAAUAAAUUAACUCGCGCGACCCGCUUAUGUAAGCGAACGGAGCAUUUGUAAUAAGAAAUGUAUACACUCUGAAAUAAUAACAGUUAAUUCAAGUGACAAUUGCGUUUUGUUUAAUGGGCGAUCCCACAUUUUUCGAAAAUUAAAUAAACGUAAGAACAGUUCGGUGAAAUACUUAGGAGCAGUAAAGCAUGCGUCAAAACGUUUUCUUUUUUAACACAAAGAAAAAUUUUAUAACGGGAAAGAAGCCGCUUAAUAUAUACGGACGUGUAACGGUAUCCGAAAAUGCAGUAACAUCAAGUCAGUAGUGCGUUUCGGUAACCCAUUUCGAUCGAUGUUCUCCACUCAAAUUCUCUAUUUGACGUCACUCUCACUCAAUGUGUUUCUGUAAAAUAAUUACUCGAUUCAAUCGAUAGUCAGCUGAUAUGUUCCAUUCCAUUUCAGUAGGAAUGCUCGAUUGAAAGUGUUUCUGUAACCAAAUUGAAUGAAAUACUGUCGAUUGGUUUUCUCACUUCCAUUUGAGGUGAUGACAAAAAAAUUUUUCGUUAAAUUCAAAAUGGAAUUAGUUGAAUUUAAAGCAAAUAGAAGUACGUCGUGACGUGUUACGAAUGGCCAAAAGAGGCGGUUACUGCACUUAAUGCAGCAGCACCGCAGCGUUGGAAGGGGCCAAUUUAUGAAACCAAACGCGAGGAAGAAGCACGAAGAGGUUUGGGCUGCCGUUGCUGAAAAAAGUGUUGGAUAGACUGAAAAUCGGCAGUCAAGAAGCUGCGCAAUGCCCACAGAGCGUUCGCCAGACGAACUGGAAACCUGUCGUUGCAGGACGGUCCAAAACCGUUGGAUGCCAUGGACCGGAAAAUUCUGGAGUUUUUUUUCCAGCGACAUGGUGGACGGUGAUGGGCUCACUCCCGAAAUUGGUUUGUCGACAACAGCUGAAAUGGUCGAUGUUACCAUUGAGGAUGAAGGUGAUGCUACUGCCAACAUUAGGUUGGACGCAAACGCGGACAGUUUGGACAUCUUCGAAGUGGAGGCACUUGAAGAGGUUGCAAUGGGUCAGGUGCUUGAGGUUGUGCCAAACAAACAGCAACCCAAACAGCGCACAAACCAAAGCUGUGUGGAAGAGGCGAGCAGUCUCAUUGAAAAUCACCAUGCGCAGCUGAAAGAGAUUUUGGAGAGACAACACAAAGAGCACAUGGGUGUUUUAAAUGGAAUUCACGAUACUCUGAGAGCUCUGCUGGAAACCAUGACGGGAGCGACUGUUGCAUAAGGAGUAGGCACAGCAAAAUAUUCAUAUUUUCCAAAUAUUAUAUUCAUUGGUUGGGGCCAAGGCUUUGCGUAUGUACACCAAUAGCAGUAGCUGCUUCAAACGGGGUUACAUAGUUGCGCUCCAAUUGUUGUUGCAUUGAAAUCUAUUCCCGGAAGGACAGUAAUGUUCACUACAAUCGACUGUUAUUAUAAUAUAUAUUAUAAAAAAUAAAGAGUUAAACAUAA